AUGCAAUAUGCAGCCUUCUCAGAUUGGCAUCUUUCAUGGCGCUCCCCGCUCUUCUUCCGCACUGCCUGCGAGGGUGGUGGCCGUCCCCUAUUCGGCAGCAUAGCAGCCCUGAGACCUCUGGUAAAGCGCAAGAUUGUGACAAAGAGGACCGAGAAGUUCAUCCAGCCUGAGUCAGACCAAUACAUCAAAAUCCAGCACAACUGGUGGAAACCCAGAGGCAUUGACUACAUGGUACACAGAAGAUUCAAGGGCCAAAUUUUGAUGCCCAGCAUUGAUUAUGGGAACAGCAAGAAAACAAAGCACAUGCUGCCCAGUGGCUUCCAGAAGCUCCUGGUCCACAAUGUCACGGAGCCUGAAGAGCUGUUGGUGGACCCCAAAUCUUACCAUGCAGAGAUUGCUUACAUUGUCUCCUUCCAGAACCGCAGAGCCAUUGUGCAAAGUGCAGCCCAGCUGGCCAUCAGAGUCAACAAUCCCAAUGCCAAGCUACACAGUGGUGAAAAUGAAUAGACAGCUAUGUGCACGUCAUAUUUGUAUUAUACUACAGGGGGGGAAAAAGCCCUUCUCAGCAUCCUUAGGCCUUAUCGUCAUCAUCUGUAAUCAGGUCCUUGAUGACUGUGCCCACAUUAUGUCCUGUGACGCUCCCCUCUGAUCACUUAGCUCCUUGUAAAAUUGCCCUGCCUUAUUGCAUGUGUAAAUCUCUUCUUCUGCAUAAUUUGGAUAUAAACUGGAAAUAUUUCAAAUCAAAACCAUGUGUAGA